AGACAGUACGAAGCGGAAAGCUUUGAUGUGCCCGUUCCAGUAUGAAUAUGCUCCACGUGAGCAGUAGAAAAAUUUUUUAGAGGGCCGCAUAAAACUUAUACCGACAUAAGUGAGCUGUAUACCUGCUUCCGUUUACUCUGCUUCGAACUGUGCAAUUAUAGCGAACCGUGUUACCUACCAAAAUGUUCGCCUGCAAACAUGCCAUCAUGUCGGUGUGGUUGAUUGUUGGAUGGUUCUUCUGCGUUCCGCAAACUGUAUCAGCAGUCAAGCCGAUCGCAUGUAAAGCAUGCUCCUCUUCUCAUGCCUUAUCGGCAUGUGGAUAUCCCGUCAAAAUGGCGGAUUUGGCGUCCAACAACACUGAACUGAUUAAUUUGUAUUCUGUCGUCUGUUUUCAUGGCUGUGCUCAGCAGAUCUUUACAGAUGGUCGCUCGCAGUACGUGGCGUUCGGUUGCGUUGAUACCGGCUCUCCACUGGACCAGUUUGGACUGAAUAUGACCAACUGCCCCAGUUCAUCAAACGGUCAGAACACUGCGCCGAAGAAGAUGGGUCGUUUUACGGUAUCACACUGCUUUCGCUGCGACGAGGAUGAUUGCAACGAUCCUGCCAUUAACAGUCCAGUGCGCGGUGCACCACGCUCGUGGCCUCCAGUGGAAGCCAAUCCAACCGGCAUCGUAGCGCGGGUCAAAGGAAUUUUAAAGUCGAUUCGGUUCACAUAAAAAAGGGUACUCGCAGUGUAUACUAAAGGAAGUGCAGAAAUUUCUUUAAAAAGAUAGCUUGGUAGUAGCGAUCGAAUUCUUAUACCAGCGCUGUUCCGUUGCAACUACGGGCUUCUACAGUUUCCGUUAUUGUUGCUUGCAUUUGCUUCAGUCGUAUUAGAUUAAUUUUUAUAAGCGCAAUUUUACAUUGUGCAAAUGUUCCACGACCCACUGGUGCUAUACGGUUUGUUUGGCUCAGAUGCCAAUCUGAAUGCUGUCCACAAAUGGAUAAACUUUUUAUCAUGUCGAAGGAAAAAAAAACAAACGUAA